CGGAGUUAAGCGAGCCGCGUAAGAGCUGUCUCCUCUGUCGCCGGUGCGCUGGGCUCUGCCUUAGCAGCCCGCGCCGGCACUUAGCGAGCCCGCCUGUCCAGCAGCGCCAGCUCCGCGGGCGGGUUCAGCAUCCUCCCGCCACUGGGCGCCCGCAUCAGUUCGUGCUGCCCCGAGACCUCCGGCGGGGUGCCGCUGCCUGCACUACUUGCUGCAACUUUUGCAGCCGCGUGCGGCAGGCCUUCUGCCCGGCUUGGAAGUUCGCCACAAAGUUGAGACCCUUGAGGAAUCGAAUUUGCUUUUUCAUCUGCCUCUUCCCCAGCGUGCAGGUCCCCCUUGGUUCGUGGAUCCUCGUGCUUGACAUCUUGGUGGGAUCCCGGGACGUGGACUUUCCCCACACACCACAUCUUCGGGGAGAGAUAAAUCAAACAAACUUUCCUCUUCCCGCUAGGAAAAACAAACAAGUUCUUUAAGGAUGCUGCUGCUCCACUGGUGUCUGCUGUGGCUCCUGUUGCCGCUCACCUCGAGGACCCAAAAGCUGCCCACCCGAGAUGAGGAACUUUUUCAGAUGCAGAUCCGGGAUAAGACAUUUUUCCAUGAUUCGUCUGUGAUUCCAGAUGGAGCUGAAAUCAGCAGUUACCUCUUUAAAGAUACACCCAGAAGGUACUUCUUCAUGGUCGAGGAGGAUAACACCCCACUGUCUGUCACUGUGACACCCUGUGAUGCACCUCUGGAGUGGAAGCUUAGCCUUCAGGAGCUGCCUGAGGAGGCGAGCGCAGAUGGAUCAGGUGACCCUGAACCACUUGAUCAGCAGAAGCAGCAGAAGACUAACUUGGAGGGCACAGAACUAUUCUCCUACAAGGGCAAUGAUGUUGAGUAUUUUCUGUCUUCCAGUUCCCCAUCUGGUUUAUAUCAGCUAGAGCUACUUUCAACAGAGAAAGACACACAUUUUAAAAUAUAUGCCACCACCACUCCAGAAUCUGAUCAGCCAUACCCUGAAUUGCCAUAUGACCCCAGAGUUGAUGUGACCUCCCUGGGACGCACCACAAUCACUUUGGUCUGGAAGCCGAGCCCCACGGCCUCUUUGUUGAAACAACCCAUUGAGUACUGUGUGGUCAUCAACAAGGAACACAAUUUCAAGAGCCUCUGUGCCGUGGAAGCAAAGCUAGGUGCAGAUGAUGCCUUCAUGAUGGCACCCAAACCUGGCCUGGACUUUAGCCCUUUUGACUUUGCCCAUUUUGGAUUUCCAAUAGAUAAUUUGGGUAAAGAUCGAAGCUUCCUGACAAAGCCUUCCCCUAAAGUGGGACGCCAUGGCUACUGGAGGCCGAAGGUUGAUAUUCAGAAGAUCUGCAUAGGAAAUAAAAACAUUUUCACAGUCUCUGACCUGAAGCCGGACACCCAGUACUACUUUGAUGUCUUCAUGAUCAAUACCAACAGCAACCUGAGCACAGCUUACGUGGGUACUUUUGCCAAAACCAAGGAGGAAGCUAAACGGAAAAUAGUGGAACUAAAAGAUGGGAGGGUCACAGACGUGUUUGUUAAAAGGAAGGGAACAAAGUUUCUGCGAUUUGCUCCAGUCUCCUCUCACCAAAAAGCCAGCUUCUUUAUUCACUCCUGUCUGGACGCUGUUCAAGUUCAAGUGAGACGAGACAGGAAGCUGAUUCUGUCCCAGAAUGUGGAAGGCGUUCGACAGUUCCGGCUAAGAGGAAAACCCAAAGCAAAAUACCUCAUUCGUUUGAAGGGCAACAAGAAAGGAACAUCUAUGUUGAAAAUACUGGCCACCACCAAGCCCAAUAAGCAGGCUUUCCCCUCUCUUCCGGAAGACACGAGAAUCAAAGCCUUUGAUAAGCUACGCACCUGCUCGUCAGUCACCGUGGCUUGGCUAGGCACUCACGAAAGGAGGAAGUUUUGUAUCUACAGAAAGGAAGUGGAUGGGAAUUACAGUGAAGACCGGAAGAGGAGAGAGCAAAACCGAUGCCUCGGACCAGACACCAGGGAGAAGUCAGAGAAGGUCCUCUGCAAAUAUUUCCACAGCCAAAAUCCACAGGAAGCAGCGACCACAGAGACAAUCAAAGAUCUGCAGCCUGGCAAGUCUUACCUGCUGGAUGUUUAUGUUGUAGGACAUGGGGGACACUCUGUGAAAUAUCAGAGUAAAGUUGUGAAGACAAGGAAGGUCUGUUAGUUACCAUGAGUGAAGAUGUGUAGACUCCAGCAGAGACAUGGAAUCACUCUGUAAACUGACUCUUCUCAUGGAGGACCGAAGUUGUGACCUGGGAUACCAACAAGUGUACGGUGAUAUCCGUGUAACAUAACCUGGAGACUCACACAACUUGUACUCAAACACACCUGUGGUACUUAGGGUCCAUCUGUCUGAUACUGGUUGAUGUCAAAGGAAGAGGGUAUCUUGAUGGAUACCACCCCUUGCUUUGAGCACUGCAUGAACUGCUUCUAAAUUAUUUUAUUACCUAAAAAUUAAAAAAUAUGCCAUUUGUUGCACACAUUCACAAAUGCAAAUCAUUUCUUUCUAUAGAUGUUAUUAGGGGAACAUAUAUAUAUAUAUAUAUAAAUUAUUUUAUAAAUUCUGUUUUAAAUGUUGGUGUUUCUAUUAUUGUAAGCUUAUUAAAUUCUUUCUCUGUUAAAGUAUAGAUCUAAUCUAAGAUCACAUUGCCCUCU